AUGAGGGUAAAUCAGCUUAUUUGGGAUAAUUUACAACCAAAUACUAGGUCACAAGACCUUCGAUUUCAAAAGGUACAAACAGCUUUGAUCAAAGGCAUAGCGGCAAUUGUUCGCACCACUGACACAGCGCUGGCACAUGUGACCACCUUGCCCGCGGGGAAGGAGAUUGUUGAAAGCAUGACUGAUGCUAUUGCUUUGUGUGCUCAUGCGAAUUCUGAGCUUAAUAUUCAUCGAAAGGAGUUGAUAAAACCGGACCUUCACAAAGAUUACAAGCAUUUGUGCUCGGCCUCAUUGCCUUCGUCUUCCCAGUUGUUUGGGGAUGAUCUCUCCAAGCAGGUCAAGGACCUUACAGAGGUCAAUAAAGUCGGUCGGAAAAUGGCCAGAGCCCCGGCUUACAGUUAUCAGGGACGAAAUCGUAACAUACGACCUAGGCCUUUUUUAGGCGAAAGACAGGUAGAGAGUGCGUCACUACCCUUCCACAACAAGAGGCAUCAACGAGGCAAGUUCAAAAAAUUUGCAAGCUGAGUUCAUCUACUGCCGAAAAGGUAAGUCGAACAUUUUGUCAUAGUAUAAAAAUAGGGGGUAGACUGAAACAAUUUAUUCACUUUUGGGAAAAAUUGACAUCUGAUAAAUUCAUACUUGAAACAAUAGCAGGCUAUAAAAUUGAAUUCAAGCCUGAGGCGAUCUGUGGCCAUAAUUGGUCUCGCAAUCCUGAAACAAAAUUUAAUGAUAAAGAACAAUGCAUCAUAGACAGUGAAAUUGAUAAACUUAUGUGCAAGGGAGUAAUUGAAGUUACACAGCACUGUCAAGGGGAAUUCAUUUCCCCAAUUUUCAUUUGUGCCAAGAAAGAUGGCAGCCAUAGACUGAUAUUAAACCUCAAAGAGUUGAACACCAAUGUUGAAUAUCACCAUUUUAAAAUGGAAACCCUACAGUUGGCUGUUGCUCUAAUGAGACCAGGGUGCCAUAUGGCAUCGAUUGACCUCUGA